UGGCGGUUUGUUCUCGUUCCACCGUUUUAUUUUCUCUAUGGUCUGGAAUAAACUAACCUCACUCAUUUUUCAACUUAACCUCAAAUAAAUUCAAAUGUAAGAAAAUAAAACAAUGAAGCCAAAAUUGAAGAUUCCCGAGAUACGAAAAGGCGAUUUCGACAAUCUUUGCCUUUCCUGUUUAUCUAAAGAUUGUAUUGGGAGCGUUUUUUUCGUAAAGUUUGAGGGGGCUGUCUUAUCUACAAUACUGGAGGAUAUCCUUAACGUUCAAGUCGCUGUUGACGAUGCAUUACCUAAAAAAAUCUGCGAAAAAUGCACCACAAAAAUUGUACGCUUCUACAUUUUUAAAAAACGAUUUAUGGAAUCCCAAACCACGUUCCAAAGAGUUUUGAGGGAAAAAGAUGAUCAAAUACCAAUUGUCGAUCCAUGUGAAGAGUUAUCAACAGAUGAGAAGCUGCUCAUUGAAAAUGAACCUUUCACAAUAAGUAGUGACAGUGAAGAUGAAACACUCAGGGACACUUAUGGGAUCCCUAAAGACUUAAACAUUGUAUUUGUUGAUAUGAAAACGGCAAAGAAAGAAUUGGAAGACAAGGGAUUCCUUUCAAACAACUUGAAAAAAGAUGGACAAGUUGAAACAGUCGUUUGCACUUGUGAAGGAGCAUCUCCUUGCUUAUACCAUGUACAAAUAAAAAAUAAAUCAGAAACUGCUCCAAACCUAAACAAUUCAAAAGUUACUAAAGAUAAAGAAGAAGAAGUUACUCUCCUGAAGCUGAAUAAGUUCAAAUGUAAGACUUGCGAGCAAGUUAUGGACAUAUCAGAAAAGUUGCAACAUAGACGUAUGCAUAAAAAACCCCAAAAGAAGCGUUUCCUUUGUGAAACUUGCCCUCGCAUUUUUCUCACAAAAGUACAAUUAUUUCUACAUAAAAGGACACACACGGGGGAAAAACCCUACAUUUGUGAAAUCUGUGGUCAGAGGUUUACCCGAGAGUUUAGAUUAAAGGAACAUCUCUUAAGACAUACAGGAGAAAAACCAUACAUAUGUGAAUAUUGCGGUAAAAGUUUCAGUGCUAAAAGACACCUAACUGCACAUCAACUAACACACACAAAAUCAUAUAAUUGUGAAGUGUGCUUGAAAACUUUCCUGCAUAAGAAGUCGCUUAAUUUACAUAAACGAGUCAAACAUCUAGGGGAAAGACCCUUCAUAUGUACACAUUGUCCCAAUACAUACACCACCACAAUGGGACUUACAAACCAUCAAAAAACUCAUGGUAUUACACCUAAAAACCAAGGCAACGAAUUAUGUCACAUUUGUAACAAGGAAUUCGCUUCCAAAGCCAACUUGAAAGCACACUUGUGUGUACAUGCAGAUAAACGCUUUGCGUGCAAGUUUUGCGAUAAGAAAUUUCAUUUCAAACAUGGUUUAGAGACACACCAAACGAUUCACACAGGGGAAAGACCAUUCGUUUGUAAACAUUGUAACCAAACAUUUAGAACUGUGAAUUCGCACAGAACACAUAUGUUUCGGCAUACUGGCGAAAGGCCAUUCAAGUGUAACUUUUGUGGGAAAGGUUUUAUACAGAGUCAUCAUUUGAAGUUUCAUUUGACUUGUCAUACGGGUGAAUUACCCUAUUCUUGUCCAUAUUGUGAUAAAAAAUUUAGGUGUAAAUUUAAUAUGGGUAGUCAUGUGAGGCUUCAUACGGGGGAAAAACCCUACAAGUGUGACAUCUGUUUGAAGGCCUUCCAUGAUUCGACCUAUGUGCGCAAACAUAAAAUGAGGACACAUCAGACGAAUUGUACAUAAAAUAAAUUAUUUUGUUACUA